AUGGGGCCUGGGCUAUAUAGGUCAAGCAGUGUGGUGGACAGUAGCAGCAGAAGCAGGCUAUCGAGAUCCACCAGUGUAACAGAGGCUACAGGAAUCGCCAAGGUUGCAUCCAGAUGGAAGCCCACGGCCCAGCAGAAACAAAUACUGGAGAGUAUUUAUAACAACGGGACUAGAAAUCCUUCUCUGGAAUAUGUUAAUGAGAUAACAAUCCAGCUGCGACAGUAUGGCAAAGUAGAAGGCAAGAAUGUCUUCUACUGGUUUCAGAACUAUCAAGCACGUGAGAAAAGAAAGAAAGAAUCAGGUUCCAAGUGGCCUGCCAUGUUCCGUUCAAAAAAAUGGACGGAAUUCUUUAGCUCAAAGAAGUCAUCCAAGACUGAGGAUGAAGAGGAUGAGGGCGAAGAAGUUAGCAGUGAUCCCAGAAGGAAUUCAUCAAUGGCAGCUUCCGAUGUGAGAACAUUGGAACUGUUUCCUUUGCGACCUGACAGAGGAAGCUCUCAGGCUUCGAGGCAGUGA